AUGGGAAACGGCUCUCUUUGGGAUGACCUCAACAGCACCUGCAGCUACGCAGGCAACAGCUGCUACCUGGACAACAGCCUGAGGUUCAACUUAACCUUCCAAGAGCAGGCAGCUGAUUUCUACGUUGUCCUCCCUGUGAUUUACUCUGUGAUCUGUACCGUGGGACUCACAGGCAACACUGCUGUCAUCUACGUGAUCCUCAAGGCCCCCAAGAUGAAGACUGUGACAAACAUGUUCAUCCUGAAUCUUGCUAUAGCUGAUGACUUGUUCACACUUGUCUUGCCCAUUAAUAUUGCUGAACACCUCCUCCACUACUGGCCCUUUGGAGAAGUCCUCUGCAAGGUCAUCUUGUCCAUAGACCACUACAAUAUCUUCUCCAGCAUUUAUUUCUUAACAGUGAUGAGCAUAGACAGGUAUCUGGUAGUACUAGCUACAGUCAGGUCCAAGAGGAUGCCACAUCGUACGUACAGAGCAGCCAGGAUCGUCAGUUUGUGCAUCUGGAUCCUAGUCACCAUCAUAGUUCUCCCUUUCAUUGUCUUUGCCAAUGUCUACAUAGAUGACCUGGAGAUUAAGAGCUGUGGUCUCAAUUUCCCCAAGCCUGAAAGGUUUUGGUUCAAAGCCAGCAGGAUCUACACUCUCAUCCUUGGCUUUGCCAUUCCAGUAUCCACCAUCUGCAUCCUCUACACCAUGAUGCUCUACAAGCUAAGAAACAUGCACUUGAACUCUAAUGCUAAAGCCCUGGACAAAGCCAAGAAGAAAGUCACUAUCAUGGUCUUCAUAGUCCUGGCUGUCUGUCUCUUCUGUUGGACCCCCUUCCACCUGGCCACCAUUGUGGCUUUGACCACUGACUUGCCCCAGACCUCCAUGGUCAUUGGCAUAUCCUACUUCAUCACCAGCCUAAGCUAUGCCAAUUCAUGCUUGAAUCCUUUCUUGUACGCUUUCCUGGACGACAGUUUUCGGAAAAGUUUCCGGAAGAUGCUGGAAUGCAGAACUUCUUGA